CAACCACGUGAUAGUGGCUCCGAGUCAUAUGACGGAAAUAAAACUGGCACAGUUUAGCGGAAAGGACCUAAAACGUCGCUGUUUUACCGAGCUGCCUGUGGGACAUUUGGACUCCUGUUGUUCCGUUUCUGGACACACAGUCAGGGGAACUGUAAAUGUGACGCUCCUUCAACAUCCUCAUUCGAGCAGCUGCAGGAGUUUGCGGGGAAGCUCACCUGUUAUCAUGCUAACCGUGUUUGUUGUUGUCGUUGCUCUUGUUUCUCAAACUGCGGCUCGCUACACCCCGGACUGGACGAGCCUGGACGCCAGGCCGUUGCCCUCAUGGUACGACGAAGCCAAACUGGGAAUUUUCAUCCACUGGGGCGUGUUUUCUGUGCCCGGCUUUGGCAGCGAGUGGUUCUGGUGGCACUGGCAGGGCCAGCAGCCCCCGGACCAGAAAUAUGUGAACUACAUGUCCCAGAACUACCCACCGGGCUUCACCUACCCGGAGUUUGCUCGUCAGUUUCACGCGCAGUUCUUCAAUCCGGAUGAUUGGGCGGAUAUUUUCAAAGCUUCUGGUGCAAAGUAUGUGGUCCUGACUGCCAAACACCACGAAGGCUUUACUAACUGGGAGUCUCCAAACUCAUGGAACUGGAAUUCUGUUGAUACUGGUCCUCACAGGGACCUGGUGGGAGACCUGGCAGAGGCAGUGCGCAACAGGUCAUUGCAUUAUGGACUCUACAAUUCCUUGUAUGAGUGGUUCCACCCUCUCUAUCUCAUUGACAAGAAGAAUGGCUUCAAAACGCAGGAGUUUGUGCUGCAGAAACUACUUCCAGAGCUUUAUAACAUGGUUGUAAGGUAUCGACCUGAAGUCAUCUGGUCUGACGGAGACUGGGAAGCACCUGACACCUACUGGAACUCUACCGAAUUCUUGGCCUGGCUCUACAACGACAGCCCAGUUAAAGAUACCGUUGUGACUAAUGACCGAUGGGGAGCUGGCUGUGCCUGUAAACAUGGCGGAUACUACAACUGCGAGGACAAGUACACGCCGGGCCAGCUGCCCACACACAAGUGGGAGAAAUGCACAUCUGUGGAUACUCUUUCCUGGGGUUACCGUCGAAACAUGAAGAUGAACGAACUUUUGCCAUUGGCUGCGAUUAUCGAGGAUCUGGUCCGCACAGUGGCUUUUGGGGGUAACUACCUUCUGAAUGUGGGUCCCACACCUGACGGGAUGAUCCCCCCUUUGUUUGAGGAGAGGCUAAGAGGUGUUGGAGACUGGCUGGAGGUCAACGGGCAGGCCAUUUACUCUUCCAAACCCUGGAGGGUGCAGUCAGAAAACACCACUGUACCAGUUUGGUAUACAUCUAAAGGGUUGACAGUCUAUGCCAUCCUAACAGCCAAACCCCCGAUGAGCACAGUGAAACUGCUGGCACCCAAAACUUCGUCCAUCACACAGGUGUUCUUGGUGGGGAAUCCUACACCUUUAUCUUGGGCCCCAGUCAACCCCGGUGGUGGCCUUGUUGUCCUUUUGCCAGAGCUGCCUUACACUCCUGCUCAGGCAUGGACGCUUGGACUGGACUUCGUGCAGUAAGCUACGAACGCCCAAAAUGUUGAAUUAUUUCAAAUGACUCGACUCAGGUUUUAAUGAUUGUAGAUUAAUGGGGAAACUCACUGUCUGUCUUGAAAGGAAAAUACCCGUGUAAUGAGUUUGUAUCAUUUCCAGAGUGAAAGAAUGAAACACUCCUCCUCGGUGAUCGCUUUGACGCUCUGAAGGCUUAAAGAUUUACUGUCACUGUGUCUCAGUUGUGUUUGUUUUUUCAUGAGCGCGUGUCUAUGAAUGAAAACGGGAUUCUGCUGUUGAGCUUGUGGAGCUUUUCUGGCAGUUUCUCGGCUGAGUGCCGUUUCAGAAAUGAUUCAUUAUGCCAGCAGUUUGUUUUGAAAAUGAGCAGAUUGUAUACAAAGCACUUAUUUUUUCUACUUGCCUCCUUUUAAAAUUGGUGGAAUAAAAGAUAACUUGAUUCGUCUUCUAA